UUUUCUGUUGCCUCUGGCUAACGACAUUGCAUUCCACUGCUUAAUCACUUAAAGAUUUGCUUCUAUUUACAUGUGGGAGAUUCUUAUAUGCUACUAUUAAAUUUGAUGUGUUCAGCUCGCAAUCAUGGUUCAGCCUGAUGAAGCUCCAACCAAAGCUCCUGUAAAUCCACCUAUUGAUGAAACGAUACUUUCUACUAUGACACGGAAACCAGCUCCAGCUCAUCCUUGGCAUGAUCUUGAGAUAGGAUUAGGUGCUCCUAAGGUUUUUAAUGCGGUGAUUGAGAUCAGCAUGGGGAGCAAGGUGAAGGAUGAACUUGAUAAGAAAACUGGAUUAAUCAAGGUUGAUCGUGUUCUUUACUCAUCAGUAGUAUACCCCCAUAACUAUGGCUUUAUCCCUCGUACAAUUUGUGAGGACCAUGACCCUAUGGAUGUAUUGGUCAUCAUGCAGGAACCUGUUCUUCCAGGUUGCUUUCGCAGGGCUAGAGCAAUUGGUCUUAUGCCUAUUAUUAAUUAUACACUAAAAUUACUUUGA